ACAGCGGACACAGCACAAUGGCAUCCCCUUCCAACCCACAGUGUUUCCCGAGUUCCCUCUUCCGGCUGUCCCAGUUGUAUAUUAUUAUGACUGGUGCUAUUUCUGUCACAGGAAGUGCUGUACUGAUUCAGAAUCAGUACAGAGGAGUGGUUGGUGGAAAUGUGACUUUUUACUGCCCCGUUGAUGAAAAUAGGACACUAGGCUUAAUGUACAUUCAAAGGGGCAACACGUACGUGAAUGGAUACUAUAUAAGAGAGAAAACAUCGGCUACGGUAUGGAGCAACACAAGAAUCGAUACUAAGAAGGGAACGAUGCACAUGUCCAAUUUGAAUGUCUCACAUCAAGGGGAUUAUCAGUGCUAUACCAUGAACAGUGGCAAUGACUUACCCCUAGUUCGAACUGAUAUGCACCUCAGUGUCACAGGAAACUACAGUGAACCUGCCCUUACAAUGGACUGCUGUGAUGAAAGUCCUCCCUUGAGUUGCCUACUGACAUGUGUCGCGCAUGGCGGCUACCCGCAAGCAGAAGUGAAGUGGAACGUAUCACAGACUCACACUUUGAAGUUUAUGAACAACAUUACGAGAGAUAAUGUCACCAAGUUGGUCAACACUUCCAGCACUGCACGCCUCAACUGCUCCAAUGGAGAGAUGUUCAUCAGCUGCUCUGUGGGCAACCUCAGAUCAGAACUGUUAUCAAUCUGCAAACCCAAAUAUACAUCUUAUCCUCCCUGGCCUCAUGUGAUAAUCAUUGCAGUGUUGGCUGCCGGUUUUACGGUUGUUAUGGUUGUUACGUUGCUGUGGUGGAAAAGCAAGAAAUGUAAGAAAGGGGAACAUGAAGACAUUAAUGAAGAUGAGGAGGAGGGAAUAAGCCUCAAUUAAAAAAAAAGAAGAGGAAACUUGAGUGCUAGAUGAAGAGGAAUGCCUGAUUUAUUUGUAGGGCCAUUUCCCAGAAAAAUCUCACUAAAGUGUAAAUUACAUAAUGUGACUGCUGCCCGCGUACCAACCAUAGACUGUAAACUAUACCUUAUACCGGUACCAACUCACUGGACAGCCUACUGUCAACAUGUCGCUGUAAUUUGAAUAGAGGCAAGUGUUUGAGGAAGUAUUAUUUAUCAGAUUACUGUAAUAGGGGAAGUACAGUGCAUCAUUGAACGGAGAAAAUCUUACUUAAAUGACUGGCAAAAGUCUCUGGGGACAAACUCCCCAGCACUGUGAAGAAUGAAAUCAUAUCACAAAUGGUAAAAUGUGUGUUUUACUGUAUCACUGACCUCUACUGACAUAAUUUAAUCUGUUACAUAAAUUAUUGUGUUUCAUCUUUUUGAAAUACAGAACAUUGUUGUUGUUGUUGUUGCUGUUGUUGCUGCUGCUGCACUUGAAAACGUUCUAUUAAUUUAUUCAAUGUAUAUAUUAGAGCGUUAUUUUUAUCAAUAUAUAUUUUAAAAAUGUACUGUGGUUCCCCUAUUUCGUCUAGGAUUAUUCUGUUUUCAGUUUAUUCUGUAAAUAGUUUCAGUAUGAGAAGCUGAGAAAAGUAAAGAAAUAGACGUCAGAAUAAUGUUUGCACAUAAAUAGUUCUCUGCGGUAUAGUAAAGUAAAGUAAAGUAUUAUAGUAAAUUCCAAUAUUUUAGGAUUUCCUUGUAAAAGUGCAAUAUUCAAUACAAAUGAUUUUUUAGCUAAAAAUGUUGGUCUCUGUCAGAACUUAAGUAAUUGGUUUUCUGGUGACUGUUCUCCUAUUCAAUAUUUAUGUUGCAACAUAUUUAGUUAAUUUUAAGGAUUUAUUUCUCAAUAUCAUUCUAUACUAUUCGGGUAAGCUGGCUUUUCUUCCUCAUUCCAAAGAAUUGCCAAUAUCUCAAACUGCUUCUUUCAUUUCCGUAAUUUGUAGCAAACAAUCCUGUUAGAUGGCUAUGUUAACUCAAUUUUAAAUGAGUUCAUUUGUAUUCUUUGGUAAU